AUGCUAGCUGCGCAGGCUCCUGCCGCUGCAACACCUUCGUUAGAGGACCAUGCGAAGGCUGUCGCUAAAAUUUCUGCCGAUGUCCGCGGUUUCCACGAACGAGGAGAGAAGUUCCGUAUCUCGCAUGGCUCGACAAACAGCACUCGCCAGUCUGCAACUAGACGCAAGACCAACUUCAUUGACACGAGUGGUCUAUCGCACGUGCUCAAGGUCGAUGUCGAAGCUCGCACCGCCCUCGUCCAGCCCAAUGUACCCAUGGACCGCCUUGCCGAAGAGACCAUGAAGUACGGCCUCAUUCCCCCUGUCAUCAUGGAGUUCCCCGGUAUCACCGUCGGUGGCGGCUACUCCGGCACCUCGGGUGAGAGCAGCUCUUUCAAGUACGGCUACUUCGAUCAGACCAUCAACUGGGUCGAAAUGGUCCUGGCCAACGGUGAAGUUGUGAAGAUUUCGCGGACCGAGAUGCCAGACCUCUUCCAUGGCGCAGCCGGUGCCGUCGGCACCUUCGGCGUCACCACCCUCGUGGAGCUGCAGCUCAAGGAAGCCAAGAAGUUCGUCGAGACAACCUACCACCCGGUCUCGAGCGUAGCUGAGGCUGUGGAGCUGUCGGAACAGCUCAUCAAGGAGCCAGACACCUACGACUACGUCGACGGCAUCCUGUUCUCCAAGACCGAGGGCGCCAUCAUCACCGGCCGCGCAACCAACAAGCCGUCACCAAAGUCGCCCAUCCAAACCUUCAGCGCCCCCAAGGACCCGUGGUUCUACCUGCACGUCCAAGACCAGAUCAAGAGCGGGCGCCCGAAGACGGAAGCAGUGCCGCUCGCCGAGUACCUCUUCCGCUACGACCGCGGCGGCUUCUGGGUCGGGCGGUCGGCCUUUGAGUACUUCAACUUCCCCUUCAACGCCCUCACGCGGCGCUGGCUCGACGACUUCCUACACACGCGCAUGCUCUACGCCGCCCUACACGCCAGCGGCCAGUCGCGCCGCUACGUCGUCCAGGACCUGGCCCUGCCCUUCCCGACGGCCGAGAAGUUCAUCGACUACACGUCGGACAAGUUCGGCAUCUGGCCGCUGUGGCUGUGCCCGCUCAAGCAGAGCCCCCUCCCCACCAUGCACCCCAACAACCCAUCCGAGAUCGAAGAGGUCGCCAACAUGGAGAAGGGCGUCACCGAGACGCGUCUCAAGCCCCUCCUCAACAUCGGCCUGUGGGGCUGGGCCCCCCGCCACGCCCAGAACGACAUCGACGCAUUCGCCGCCCUCAACCGCGACCUCGAGGCCACGCUGCGCGAGCUCGGCGGCAUGAAGUGGCUCUACGCUCACACGUACUACACCGAGGACGAGUUCUGGCGCACCUACAAUAACCGCGAGUGGUACGACAAGCUGCGCGAGAAGUACGGCGCCACCGGCUUGCCUAGCGUGUACGAGAAGGUCAAGGUUGAUGUCGAGCUCGAGAAGAGGAUUAAGGAGGAGGGUGGGUGGACGAGGAGGUUGCUGGAUCUUUGGCCGGUGGGCGGCGCGUAUGCGAUUAGGAAGGCGAUUCAGAGCGGGUUGUAUUGGAAGCAUAGGAAUGCGACGUGGAAUAAGCAUGAGGGGAGGUGA